CACACACACACAUGUCAUGGAACCCAGUUACAGGGCUUUGGUAAUUCAGCCCUGUAACUGGGAGUCAUAACAUAAACAAUCCCAGGAGCACCUGGCAGAAGAAGAUAGAAUAUGCCUGGGAACUUGGGGCCGAAAGUAUAAACAAUUAUAAUUGGUCUAGUGUGUGAAAAUGGUAGUAAUGUGAUAUUGGGGGUGGGACUUGAUGAUGAUAUUUACGUGUGGUGUUACGUAGCAUCAAAAGUUAUAAAAAUAGUUGUAUGUAAACAUUGGGUCAUUCCUGACUUUUCCAAAGUCAUGUGUUCUUCAAUAAAGAUUGGAUUUGAGAGCAGCCAUCUCUGAUCUGCGUUCAGACUGAUCCUUUGAAGUGAGCAGGACAAUUAAGUCAGGAAUCCAGUUCUCACCCUCCUGCAAAUUUGCAGUGAAGUGAUAAUGAGCAGGGAAGGAGAUCAAAGCCAUGACGGAGCAAAGGGGCCUCCGCUGGGAGCUCUGCCGUUGGCAGAAGAGACAUUGCAAGCCAUAGCUUCCUCUACGGGGUACCCCAAGCCGCACGGCGUGACCCAGAGGAUUCCCAGAGGGGGAAGAGGCGUUCCGGCGGCGGCAGAAACCAGUUGGGGAUCUGGAGGAAGCAUGCCGGAGACCGUGGCCCAGCGGUUAUCCAUCCUGGAAACUCAUUUAUCCAGGCUGUCGGAUACCGUGGGGAGAAUAGUACCAAUAUUGGAAGAGAAUCUCCAAAAAGAGCACAUCCGAUAUGGCGCCGAGAGAGAGCCAAGCAAAGGAGGCGAUUGGAGCCAGAGGGGACAGCGAGCUUCAACGCAGAGUCCCGCGGCGGCAAGAGACGAGGGAGACGAGGAAUAUUGGCAAGAGCUGGAGUUCCGGGACAGAAUGGCGCGCGAAGUGGAGCGCCAGCAAGCUCUGGGAACUCUGAGGCCGCCAACCCCAACAGAGCUCCCAACCCCCCGAAUGGGCGUCGGAGUAGAAAGACCACUGGGGCCAGGGAUCGGGUCCAGUGGAUUAGCUGACGAAGGCGGAGAGGAGCAGGAGAUCCAGGAAGAGGAGGAGGAUGUGCCGUACGACGGGGAAAGGCGAGAUGCGGGGGCUACAGCGAGGCCAGUAUGCGGAUGGGGGGAAGGGCCGACAGCGGCGGCAGGAUUUCGGGAGCCGCGCAGAAUGACCACCGGAGUGGGGCGCGGCGUGAUCCAAGGAAACCCGAUGCAACCCUUCCCCAUGCCUCCCAGACAGCAUCAACGGGCCGCUGAAUGGAUGCCAAGAAGGGAAGAUCUCAAGCUAGAAUACGGAGGGGAAUCAGCCGAACUGAACUUUUUUCUAAUUAGCAUCAGGGGAUACAUGGAAGACAAUGCACACACAUUCCCCUCCGAAGCAAGCAGGGUUCGGGCCAUCGGCAACACACUAAAGAGAGGAGCGGCCAGCUGGUAUGUGCAACUACAUGCCAGACAGGACCCAUGCCUGAGGUCAGUGCCCCGCUUCCUCGCCGCACUGGAAAACCGGUUCAGAGACCGGCUAGAGCAAUUGAGAGCUCGAGACCAGCUUAGAGGAAUAAAGCAGAGGGACAAAACGGUGCCCGAGUACGCAGAAGAAUUCCUCCACCUCGCGGAAAGGGUACCAGAGUGGUCUGAAGUGACCAAAGUGGAAUUAUUUAAAGAGGGACUACGCCCCGAGAUUUUCAGCUGGGCAGCGCACAGAGAUGACCCCGAAACGCUCCAGGGAUGGAUUCAACUAGCGGGGCGCGUUGAAUCCACCCUGGCCCAAGUAAAGCGCUUCAGGAGCAGCGGCGGCCAGCAAAGACCGGUGGCGAGAGGUCGAGGAGAAACGAGGAAGCAGGAAAGACCCGGAGGGAGGCCGGGGAUUCCCUCCAGAGGAGACGACAACAAACCUAAACCGGGAUGCUUUGUAUGUGGGAAGACGGGCCAUCGAGCAGCAGAAUGCUGGGCACGGAAGGGGGAGCCGCCAAAACCCUCAAAGCCCAAGCCAGCAACCGGGAGGCGUGCGGAGGAGGAGGUGCAAGCCCCAGAAUCUCCAGAAAAAUUGGCUUGUGAUGAAAGAAGAACCGAAGAGGAGGACGAAGAAAAGGAGGGCACCAUGUCAUGGAACCCAGUUACAGGGCUUUGGUAAUUCAGCCCUGUAACUGGGAGUCAUAACAUAAACAAUCCCAGGAGCACCUGGCAGAAGAAGAUAGAAUAUGCCUGGGAACUUGGGGCCGAAAGUAUAAACAAUUAUAAUUGGUCUAGUGUGUGAAAAUGGUAGUAAUGUGAUAUUGGGGGUGGGACUUGAUGAUGAUAUUUACGUGUGGUGUUACGUAGCAUCAAAAGUUAUAAAAAUAGUUGUAUGUAAACAUUGGGUCAUUCCUGACUUUUCCAAAGUCAUGUGUUCUUCAAUAAAGAUUGGAUUUGAGAGCAGCCA